CUCUGUAUAUUUAGAAUCAUUCGUCCCUCACCUCUCUGUUUUGUCUGAAAAAAACAAAAACAAAAAGUUAAGAAAAAAACAACAUGGGGUUAGGACAAUCAAUCGAGAAGCAAAACGACGUCGAAGCAAGACUAGCCAAGCAUGUCAUCGCUACCGUUGCCGACGGUUCCAAAUCCAAUCUUGUCUUCUCACCAACGUCAAUCAACGUCUUGCUCACCAUCAUUGCCGCAGGUUCAAGCUCCGUCUCAAGAGAACAAAUACUCUCAUUCCUCAUGUCACCGUCGAUGGAUCACCUCAACGCAGUCUUGACCAAGAUCGUAUCUGUUGCCCUCGCCGAUGGCAGCAAGGGAAGUAAGUUGCGUUUCUCGGUGGCUAAUGGUGUCUGGAUCGAUAAAUCUCUCUCCUUCAAGCCUUCCUUUAAAAAUCUUUUGACGAACUCCUACAAGGCUUCUUGCAGCCAAGUUGACUUCGGUACCAAGCCUCUUGAAGUGAUUGAUGAAAUGAAUAAAUGGGGAGAAGUCCAUACCAAUGGACUCAUCAAACAGAUUCUUUCACAUGAUUCCAUCGAGAGUAUCCGUGAAAGCAAACUCAUACUUGCAAAUGCUGUCUACUUCAAAGGAGCUUGGAGCAAAAAAUUCGACGUAGAGUUGACAAAAAUUAGGGAUUUUCACCUUCUUGAUGGCACAUCUGUGAAAGUCCCCUACAUGACCAAUCACAAGGACCAAUACCUAGAAGGCUAUGAUGGUUUCCAAGUUUUGCGCCUCCCUUAUGUAGAAGAAGGUCAACGUCAAUUCUCCAUGUGCUUUUAUCUUCCUAAUGAUAAAAAUGGAUUAUCUCAUCUUCUUGAGAAAGUAGGCUCUGAACCAGGGUUUCUUGAUAAACACGUUCCAAACCAACGUAUAUCGGUGGAGGCUAUAAGGAUUCCAAAGUUUAAAUUCUCUUUCGAGUUUAAAGCUUCGGACGUUUUGAAAGAUAUGGGGCUGACUUCGCCGUUUAGUACACGUGGAGGUAACCUAACCGAGAUGGUUGAUUCGCCUAAGGAUCUGUACGUCUCAAAUAUUCUUCAUAAAGCUUGCAUUGAGGUUGAUGAAGAGGGAACUGAAGCUGCAGCUGUUUCUUCUGUCGAAGCGACAUUCAUGUGUUACAAGAGAAGUCCAGAUUUCUUAGCCGACCAUCCGUUUCUUUUCACGGUGAGGGAAGACAAGAGUAGAGUCAUUUUGUUCAUGGGUCAAGUUCUUGAUCCUUCAAAACAUUGAUUGAAGUAUUGUAGUCGUGGUGUGGGAGAAGACAUUAAGCAAUAAUGACUUUCUUGUGUCUAUUAUAUUUGAUGGAAUUUGUCUUCGUGAAACCAGCCACUGACUUUGCUGGUUCGUCUUUUUUACUGCUUUGUGUGUUGACAAUAAAAGCUGAUUCUUGACUCAGAUCUUGGAGUUUACUCAUAACUUAUAAAUUCAUCUCUUGUUUUCAAUAUCUC